AAUGCUACUGUCUUAUGGGAUAUCGCAAAUUGGUGGCCACGUGAAAAUGAAAUUUAUCCCUUAUAUGAUUCAUCUAUGGGUCAGCUAUUGCAAACACUACACCUCGAACCGAUUACCAAGGUGACAAAUUUGGCAAAAGGCACACAACUAAAACUACUCGUAAAAUUAGCUAAUCAACAGAAGGUUAUUUUUAAACCCCAAUGGUAUGAACGUGGUGAAAUCAUUGAAGGACCCGUUUAUUCUGGUAAAGAUCGUCACGCUGCUGAGGUUUAUGCUUUUUAUUUGGGUGCAGUAUUGGAUUUUCGUUGGACACCCAUUGUUGUGGGACGUGUGAUUAAUUUGAAAACUGAUAUCUAUAAUAACGGUGAUAAUGAGUUGCAAAAUACUAUGACAAUCACAACAUCUGAUAAUGGUACUGAACAUUAUUGCCUAUUUGGUAAAUGUCACUAUUGUAAUGAGGACGAGACUGUUUGUGGUGAUGAGCAUAAUAAUAUCGAAGGAGUUUUAAUUUUUAUUAUUCCGGGUUCGUUAAGCAAACGUCGCUCACCCUGGCAACGUACAUAUAAAGAUGAUAAAAGAGCACCUUGGGAGGAUGAUAUGAAUUAUUGCAAAGCCCUUAAGACUAAAAUGGAAACUAUACGACUUCUUGAUCUUAUUGAUGUUGCUAUAUUUGAUUAUCUGAUACAAAAUGGCGAUCGUCACCACUAUGAGACACGAGAAGAACGCGUUGUACUAGUCGACAAUGGUAAAGCAUUUGGCAACCCUAACAAAGAUCACUUAGACAUUUUGGCGCCUCUAUACCAAUGUUGUUUAUUACGAAAGGAAACUUGGGAUCGCUUGCAAGUAUUUUCGGGUGGUGUACUAACCGAAAUUAUUGAUCGUCUGUCAAAGAAUGAUCCCUUAUAUCCACUUAUUACGGAUAAGCACAAACAAGGCGUAGAGAGACGACUACUAGUCGUUUAUGCUGUAGUAGAGUAUUGUAUGGAUAAGGAAGGUGAUAAAAUAUUUAAAAAUUUAUAGUUAUAGAUAAAAAGGUUAUAGGAAAUAAAAAAUUUU